AUGAUCCGUCAUGUGACGCGAUCCCGGAAGUCCGCAGCAACACUGCGGGCGCCGGUGGGCUUGGAGCUGGGGCGGCAUGUUCUCGGCGGGCGCGGAAAGUCUGCUGCACCAGGCCAGAGAGAUCCAGGAUGAGGAGUUACAGCGCUUCUGCUCCAGAGUCACUCAGCUGCUGCAGGAAGCCCCAGGGCCAGCCACCGCGGAUGCCCUGCAGAGACUCUUCCUCAUAGUCUCAGCCACCAAGUACCCCCGAAGGCUGGAGAAGAUGUGUGUGGACCUGUUGCAGACCACUCUCUGUUUGCCCACAAGCCCCGAGCAGCUCCAGGUCCUCUGUGCUGCCAUCUUGAGAGAGAUGUCACCUUUUAAUGACCUGGCCCUGUCCUGUGAUCACACCCCAAACCCCCGACAGCUCAGCCUUGUGGCCUCUGUGCUCUUAGCCCAGGGAGACAGAAAGGGAGAGCUCAGACGCGUGAGCCGGCGUAUCUUCAAGAUCCUGGAGAACCGGCAGCCUGAGGGGCCUAGUGCCAGGCCCCUCCUCCCCAUCCUAUCCAAGGUCACUGGCCUUGCCCCAGGCAUCCUCACAGAAGACCAGAGCAACAUGCUCAGCAAAAGGCUAGUGGACUGGCUCCGCUACGCCCGCACCCAGCAGGGGCUUCCGAACUCGGGGGGCUUCUUCUCUACUCCCAGGACCCGGCAGCCCGGUCCCAUCACUGAGGUGGAUGGAGCAGUGGCUUCGGACUUCUUCACGGUACUUUCCACGGGCCAGCACUUCACAGAGGACCAGUGGGCCAAUGUGCAGGCCUUCUCCAUGCUGCGGAAAUGGCUGCUGCAUAGUGGGCCUGAGGACCCCGGCAGUCCCGAUGCAGAUGACAGGUCAGAGCUGGAGGGCUCCACCCUGUCUGUGCUGUCUACGGCCUCCACUGCCAGCCGACUGCUGCCCCCUCGGGAGCGCCUGAGGGAGGUGGCCUUCGAGUACUGCCAGCGGCUGUUGGAGCAGAGUAACCGGAGAGCGCUGAGGAAGGGGGACUCGGAUCUACAGAAAGCUUGCCAGGUGGAAGCUGUGUUGGUGCUGGACGUGAUCUGCCGGCAGGACCCCUCCUGCCUGUAUCGCACCCUCUCCUGCCUUAAAGCCUUGCACAGGAGGCUGGGCGAAGACCCUGGUGGUGAGCGGGCGCUGGUGGCCCUUGCCCAGUUCUUCCUGAACCACGGGGAAGCGGCCGCCAUGGAUGCAGAAGCCAUCUACAGGCAGCUGCUCUGCAGUCUGCCCUCCGAGCGCUUCCACAGCCCGACCCUGGCCUUCGAGGUCACACACUUCUGCACACACAGCCUGGCUCUGUCUGACCCCCACUUCCUCAGCCUUCUCAGGAUGAGCUUCCCAAGUCUAUUCAAGUUCUUGGCUUGGAACAGCCCUCCCCUCACAGCCGAGUUCGUGGUGCUCGUCCCAGCUCUCGUGGACGCUGGCACCGCAGUGGAGAUGCUGCACGCGCUGCUCGACCUGCCCUGUCUGACGGCGGCGCUGGACCUCCAGCUCAGGUCCACACAGACCCCGUCGGAAAGGCUGCUUGGGGAUGUCUCCCUCAGGAUCCCCAGCUGCCUGGACGCCUUCCAGGACCCACAGUUCCAAGGACUCUUCCGGCACCUUCUGCGUACCAAGGCGGGCGGCUCCAUGGAGAGACUGACACCACUUCACCAGGUGCUGAAGCCCAUGGCCAGCUGUGCCCGGGUAACCCAGUGUGCAGAGGCGGUGCCAGUCCUGCUCCAGGCCUUCUUCUCGGCUGUGACCCAGGACCGAGCCAGCGUCUGCUCUCUAUCCCAGACUGCCGACGGGGCCCUGAUCAACCAGUUGGCACUGCUGCUCCUGGAUAGGAGUGACUCCCUCUACCCAGUGCCUCAGUAUGAGGCCCGUGUGCACAGGGUGCUGAGUUCCCAGUUCCUGGUGCUGUGUAAGCUGAAGCCGUCACUGGUGGUGGAGCUGUCCCGGGAGCUCCUAGAGUUCGUGGGGAGCGUGAGCGGCAUCUGCAGCCGGGCCAGCAUGUUCACGUGUGUGGUGUGGGCCAUUGGUGAGUACCUGUCGGUGACCUGCGACAAGAGGUGCACAGUGGAGCAGAUCAACAAGUUCUUUGAAGCCCUGGAAGCCCUGCUGUUUGAAGUCACCCAGUCCCGCCCGUCACCUGACUUGCCCUGCUGUCCCCCAGAGGUGGUCACUGCACUCAUGACCACAUUGACCAAGCUAGCCUCCCGGAGCCAAGACCUGAUCCCAAGGGUGUCACUGUUCCUGUCAAAACUGCGGACCCUGGCCCAGAACCCAGCCACCAGCUCUGUGCACAGUGAGGAGGAUGCGGGGUCCAUCCGGACCCGGGCCGCAGAGCUCCUGACCCUGCUGAAGAUGCCCAGUGUGGCCCAGUUUGUGUUCACACCCCCUGUGGGUGUGUGCCAGCCCCGCUACCACCGAGACACCAACGUGGCGCUGCCUCUGGCCCUGCGGACAGUGAGCCGGCUGGUGGAGAGGGAAGCAGGCCUCCUGCCAGGUUGAAGGGACAGUCACUGCCUGAGCAGUAGCUACAGCUUCAGAGCCGGGGCAGCGAGUGAGUUUGGAGCUGAGCUGCAGGCUUAGGUGACUCGGGUUGGGAGGAAGGUGGCCAUAGCUGGAGUCACCGGCCCUGGGGGUGAGCUAUCCCACCUUGUCUCUGGCUGGCCACAGUCGGCCUUGAGUAGCUGAUGGUGACUGUCACUUCCUAGGCCGAGCACAAAUGGCCUGCUGUGCCUGCUGCUGUUACUCAGUUCUGGCCUUGGGGGCAGGGAACGGUGCAGGAAAUAUAAACUAAAAAAUGAUUUAUGCUGGGCAGUGGUGGCGCACGCAUUUCAUCCCAGCACUUAGGAGGCAGGUAGGUGGAUCUCUUUGAGUUUGAGGCCAGCCUGGUCUACAGAGUGAGUUUGAGGACAGCUAAAGCUACACAGAGAAACCCUGUGAAGAGACAGAGAGGGAGAGGGGGGGGGAGGGAGGAUUAUUUAAUAUUUAUGUGUAGGUGCUCACACGCACCACAGCGCACACGGAGGUCAGGAGACAGCUUUUGGUAGCCGCUUCUCUCCUUCAGCCGUGGGGGUCCUGGCUGGUCGCCUGGCUCAGUAACAAGCCCCUUUACCUGCUGAGCCAUUUGUCUGCCCCCAAGUACACCUUCCAGUGCUGUGUACAGCCCACACUCUCUGCCUUCCUCAGGCUGGGAGAGAGCCAGGGAGCCUGACCGUGCCCUGGAGCCCGGCUGCUGCCCUUCCCACCCUGCCCUCUGGAGAGGGAAAUCCCUGGGUCUCCUGCUUGGUUCUUGUGUUCUUGAUGUGACAGAAGUGACAUGCUCUGGAGCUGAAGCUAUGCCACAAAGCCCUGAGUUUAAUCCCAAGUGUAACCCCAGGCAUGGUGACACACACUAUAAUCCUGGCAGGUAGAGGCAGAAAGGUCAGAAGUUCAAGGUCAGCCUUGGCUAGGUAACAGCUUGGAAUGGGCCUGGGCUACAAAAGAAAAUAGGCCUGGAAGACGACUCAGCCAGAUGACCCAGGGUUGACCCCUAGACCUCGUGUAAAGCCCUGGUGUGUGCACCUGCACAGACAGAACAUCAGUCCAAAGCUCAGACUUUCUAGAGCAGUGGAAGAACAAGAUGGAAGGCAAGAACAAACUCUUAAAACUCACGCCAUGCCUUGGUGACAUUUUAAAAGCUAAAACACAAGGUGUAUUUUUGUGAGGGGGCGGUGUCUUCUGGGUCCACCUUCCGGUGGUGUUUGCCUGAUUGUGUGACUUCCUAGUCUAAGGCUAUGUGAAGGCUAGACUCGGGGAUUCACAGAAGCCUCCAGGUUUCCUGCUGGUGCUCAAGGCUGUAGGCCCUGCUCCAGCCUUUCUGCAGUUUUCCUGAGCCCUGGACCGGUUCUUCAGGAACUGCUCAGGUCCAGACAGUACAUGGCCAUCAGAUGGCGCCACCGCACCAGUCUGUUGCUGCGCACGCCUUUGGCCCCGCCCACAACUCGAUCCUGCAGCUUUGUUUCUGGGUUCUGUAUUGGGGCUGGAGCUCCCAAAGGAAAAACUGAAUUUCGGCUCCAGCUGAGGUCUGUGGCUACGUGGGCACGGGCCGCAUGUCUGAUUCAUGUCCAGGGAAACCUUUGCUUGUUGCCCCUAGGCCUGCUGUGCCCUGACCAAACUCUGUCCACGAGCAGAUUCUGAACAGCUCAGAGUUGUCUCUGUUCCCGUGAGGGCAGGCUCCCAUAGCAGGGCAGAGGGGACAGAGGCGUUUGCUGUGCUCUUCAGUCAGGAGCAUUGGUGAUUAAAAAACCAAUCAGCCUUUU